ACUCACUCUAUCGUAACCACAACAAGCAACAACAACAAAGCAACAAUGGUCAAGGUCCUCGCUGUUCUCUACUCUGGCGGCAAGGCCGCACAGGAGGAGUCGCGCCUCUUCGGCACCAUUGAGAACCGUCUCGGCUUUGGCGACUGGCUCGAGUCGGAGGGUCAUGAGUUCAUCGUCACGGACGACAAGGAGGGCCCGAACAGCGUGUUCCAGCAGCACAUUGUCGACGCCGACAUCCUCGUCACGACCCCCUUCCACCCCGCGUACGUCACCAAGGAGAUCAUUGCCAAGGCCAAGAACCUCAAGCUUGCCGUGACUGCUGGUGUCGGCUCUGACCACGUCGACCUCAACGCCGCCAACGAGCGCAAGAUCACCGUCGCCGAGGUCUCGGGCUCCAACGUCGUCUCGGUCGCCGAGCACGUCGUCAUGACCAUGCUUGUCCUCGUGCGCAACUUUGUGCCCGCGCACGAGCAGAUCAUCGCGCACGACUGGAACGUGGCCCAGAUCGCGCGCAACGCCUUCGACAUUGAGGGCAAGACGAUUGGCACGAUCGGCGCCGGCCGUAUCGGCUACCGUGUGCUGCAGCGUCUCGAGGCGUUCAACCCCAAGGAGCUGCUCUGGUUCGACUACACCGACCUGCCGGCGGACGCCGCGGCGGCCAUCAAGGCGCGCCGCGUCGCGACGCUCGACGAGCUGCUGUCCACGUGUGACGUCAUCACUGUCAACUGCCCCCUGCACGAGGGCACGAAGGGGCUGAUUGACGAGAAGGCCAUUGCCAAGAUGAAGAAGGGCGCGUGGCUCGUCAACACUGCGCGCGGCGCCAUCGUCAAGCGCGAGGCGGUGGUUGCGGCCCUCGAGAGCGGCCACCUCGCCGGCUACGGCGGCGACGUGUGGGACGUCCAGCCCGCCCCCAAGGACCACCCGUGGCGCGACAUGCGCAACCCGCUCGGCGGCGGCAACGCCAUGGUCGCGCACUACUCUGGCACGACGCUCGACGCGCAGAUCCGCUACGCCAACGGCGCGAAGGACAUCAUCAAGCGCUACCUUGCCGGCCAGGCUCAGGACCCCGCCAACGUCAUUGUCGAGAACGGCGGCUACGCCACGCGUGCCUACGGCCAGCGCAAGUAGGGCGUGGCUGGGACUAGGGCAGACAGAAGCGACAGAAAGAAGAAUAUACCAUAGCUUAGCGAACAGUGCGAUGCAUCGUGGUCGUCAGUG